UCUAACAACACAACUGUGAACAUUAAGUUUUUCUUCUAAUUUCGCCUAUUGUAUUUCAUUCCAAAGUUUUUCGCUUUUUAAAUAUAUUACAAAAUAUCAAACUAACAAAAACAGAAUAAAUAAAAAACAAGCAACAACCGCACAAAAGUAACUGAUUUAAGAAAAUAAACGAAGAGAAUAUGCAAUGCAUUCACCUAUAAACACUUUCGAACUAAACGAGCGGCUACUGACCACAGUACAGACGGGCAACUUUCAUGGUGUGCUCGAUUGUCUGAUGGAGGGUGCCAGGGCAACCAUUGUGUCCACUAUUUGCGGACGCACAGCUGUUGGCACUGCGGCGCUGGUUGGUGAUGCCGAGAUUCUCGAGCUGUUAAUACAAUCCUGUGAAGAACCUGACUUGGAUAUAUUUAACAGAAACCGUUCAAACUCGUUUGGCGAAAUGGAAACGGAGUGCACCCCAGAUGGUAUGGAUAAUCUAGAAUGGGAGGAUGAAUUCAUUGAAAAUUGCAACGAUUGUGAUCAAAGUGGUGCAGAAGAUGUCGCCCAGGAUGCCGAGGACACUUCCCUCUACUACUAUUAUGCCAAAACGUUCGAACGUACCGGUGCCAUUAUCACCCGCAUGAAUGAGCCCUACGCAAUGUCGCCUACUUGUGGCCACCAACAGGAUACUCAUCGGGUAGAUGCUCUUCUGAUGACACCUCUGCACUAUGCGGCCGCAUGUGGGCAUGUGGAGUGUGUGCGUAUACUGAUUUCGCAUGGCGCAACAUUAGAUGCAGUCAAUAGUGAUGGCUAUACACCACUGCACGUGGGCGUGGCAUAUGCUGAAGUUGCGCACCUGCUUCUCAAACAUGGUGCUAAUCCGAAUUUAAAAACACUCAACACGGGCGAGACACCUUUACACUUGGCCAUAAGGAAUCAUUCUUCGGCAGUGGCCAAUAUUAUAUUGCAAACGAAUGCGAAUAUCAACGAAACGGAUGACAUCGAUCAGACGCCACUGAUGUGCGCCAUUAUCACUGAUCUGGAUAGCGUUGCGGUCACACUUAUCGAACGCGGCGCUCGCAUCAAUUUGCAGGACAAGGAGGGUCGCAGCGCUCUUUACUAUGCCGUACUGCAGAACAACGUGCCACUUACCAUACGAUUGUUGCAGCGGGGCGCUCGCCGCAUCACUUCCCAUUACCUGCUGCAUCAUUGCGUGCGUCACAACAUGUCCGACAUGGCAGAGACGUUGAUAAGUCACGGUGACAGCUUGAAUGUGCGCAACAAAGAUGGCGUUACGCCCAUUCUACUUGCGAUACUCAGCCAGAAGACCGACAUGCUGGAGUUAUUGUUGCGUGUGGCUGCCGUGCAGCAAUCGCAAGGUGCUACAAUAGUCGACUGUGUGGAAAAUGAGCUACUCAUUGCUGUGCAAUACAUCGACACCGUGCAGGAUUUCAAACCGAUCGCCCGCAUACUGUUCGCCCACAGUGAAGGCAGGUGGAUGUCGGCGUCGUUUACUUCCCUUUCAUGGUCGUGUUACAUUCCCUAUUGUCAGACGCCGUUGGCACGUGCAGUUAUGCUAAACAAAUUCGAUAUCGCUGAGUUUUUGGUCAAAGAGGGAGUGGACAUAUAUCAGGUGUGUCGCGAUCAUGUGGUGAAUAAUUUGCGCGCCACAAGUGUUGCGGGCUGUUUGGAAUUCGCCAAGUUGUUGGUUCAUGCUGAUUUCAAAUUCCCUUGCCUGCGCCCGCCAUUCCCAAACAAUUGGACCACCGAGCGUCGUCACUUCGAAAUGGAAAUGUUUCGCCUGUGUGGUACACCUCUAUCCCUUCAAUCGCUCGCUCGCAUUGUGAUAAGAAACCAACUUAUAAGCCUACUUAAUAGUUCGGUUGCUGUGAGGCAACGAUAUCCAACAACGAAGCGCGAGUCAAGUUUGAGGCGAAUGAUCAAUUUAUUGGGAAUACCAAAGAUUUUACAAAAAUACUUAUUCGAGUUCGAUGAUUGCGCAUCUGUGAUGAAAAACGCUUGCAAUAUGGAUGGUGGAGGUUAGCAAGGUAAUAAGUAAGGCUGUAGAAUUAGUUUAAGGCAGUAGAUUAUACAUUUAUUUUAAGGUUAAAUACGGCUUCAGAGUGAUAUUUGCAUGCAAAUCCAAAUUAUAUUGCCAAUAUUGCCCGUGUUUAUCCUCAAAAGUCUGCAAGAGUGCAAAGUUGGGCAGCCUCUAAGACUUAAGAGACUUAAGUAAAUAAUGGCCAACCCAUUUAGAUAUAUUUUAUGGCAUAAUUUUGCAAAUUGAAAGCAAAUUGGUAUUGUCGUCGUUCGUAUCGUAGAAUCGUUUCGAAACCUACAGUACAAAAGCCUUAAAAGCACGAAUCAUGGCGAUGGUGACUUUUAAUACCAAGCAAGCAUAUCCGUAUGUAAAAGGGGCCCGAACAAUUUAGUUAUGUGUCAAUUACUUUAAAAUUAGCUCAUUGGCUUGAUCACCUCAAGAAUCUUUUUAAAACAGGCAUAAUUAUCAAAACAAAACCAAUUACAAGUUAUAACAAGGCAGAUCUGUAUAUGGCUGUAGCGACAGCAAAGCUGCGCUCAUGGCCUUAGA